AUGUAUAAAGUUUUAUUUACCAUUACGUUGGUAUUAGUGGCUGACACUUUAUGUCAGCGAAUAAUCCAUCCAACAUGGAGACCUCCACCAAGGCGUCCGGUCAUCAUCAGAACUGCUAGAAGUGUCAGUAACGAGGAACCAUUGUGGUUGUAUAAAGGGGACGACGUCAUUCGAGCUCCAUCAUCUGGUGACCAUCCUGUCUUACCUUCGAUCAUUGAUGACAUCAACCUGGACCCCAACAGAAGAUACGCCAGAAGUGUUGACUCUCCAAGUGCCAAGCGCUCGGGUGGAAGCCAUUCGUCUCCCAGCAGAAACCAUGAUACUGGACGGUCUCAUCCUGGAUACAACCGAAGGAAUGCCAGAGAUAUCUUGCCGUCUUUUCAUCUGCCGAACCCCUAUAAGGCCCCUUUGUUCCGACCCCUUCCUGGGUGGUCGCGACCACGAACUCCAAUAUAUGCAUCUAGAAAAAUCAUUGCGUGA